GUUUAUCAAACUAUUGGGAAGGAUUGUUGUGUGUGUUUCAUAAAUUGCAAAUUGAAUUAUUAAAUAAAAUUAAUUAUGUCUAGUCCCGCAAGAACGCCUAAUAGCGGUAUAACCUCCAAGGGUCAAAAGACACCAACACGUUCUAUUAAUGUGCAAGAUGCUGAGACGCCGAUGCGUAUGGGACCCAAUCAACAUGCCCAGCCUUCGGAUAACAUAAGUUUGCCUCCUACUUCACCGGGUAAUAUAAGUUUACCAGCGACUAGCCCAGCUAGGGGCUUGGGUGUCAAUAUGAGUGAAAUUGAUUUAAGUUCUCCACUAAAUUAUGGCACACCCAGUUCAAUGGGUUCUAUAAGAACACCACGUUCAGGCAUUCGAGGCACGCCAUUGCGAGCAAGACCUGAUAUACGUACAGACAAAAGAAUGCGUCAGGUAGCAAUUGCCGGUACUGGGCUGGAACCCAUACCUGAGCGUGUUUCGGAAACAACUGAUCCAGUGUCGGAGGCUUCUACAGCUCCUCAGAUGGUGGUAUGGGGUACGAAUGUUGUCGUUAGCCAUUGUAAAACCAAAUUCAAACAAUUUCUUCUACGUUAUAUUGAUCCUACCGCUGAGCAAGAUGAAAUUUCCGAAAAUAUUGACGUUAAUCAACCAUUGUAUUUACAAAAGCUGGAAGAAAUUCAUACUCUCGAAGAACCUUACUUGAAUUUGAAUUGUUCUCAUUUGAAGACUUUCGAUGAGGCUUUGUAUCGCCAAUUGAUUUGUUAUCCCCAAGAAGUCAUACCUAGUUUUGAUAUGGCCAUAAACGAAAUGUUCUUCGAACAUUACCCAGCUGCAGUGUUGGAACAUCAAAUUCAAGUUCGUCCCUUCAAUGCUGAUAAAACACGCAACAUGCGUUCGCUUAAUCCGGAGGAUAUGGAUCAAUUGAUCAGUAUCAGUGGUAUGGUCAUUCGUACAUCUAAUGUUAUUCCCGAGAUGAGAGAAGCAUUCUUUAAAUGUAUUAUUUGCGACUUUGCCACCACCGUAGAGGUUGAUCGUGGACGCAUUGCUCAACCCACAUUGUGUACAAAUUGUAAUACAAAUCAUUGCUUCCGUUUGGUUCACAAUCGCUCUGAAUUCACAGACAAGCAAUUGGUAAAAUUACAAGAGUCGCCAGACGAUAUGGCGGCUGGCCAAACGCCUCACAACGUUCUUUUAUACGCUCACAAUGAUUUAGUCGACAAAGUACAACCCGGUGAUCGUGUUACUGUGACCGGAAUAUAUCGCGCUACUCCCAUGAAAAAUAGUAACACUUCAUCUAGCGUUAAAAGCAUCUAUAAAACUCAUGUUGACGUUGUUCAUUUCCGCAAAGUGGAUAAUAAACGUUUAUAUGAAGAAGAAGAGGGUAAAGAUCAUAUUUUCCCUCCGGAACGAGUGGAGUUGUUGCAUGCACUUUCGCAAAAACCAGAUAUAUACGACAGAUUGGCCCGUGCUAUUGCACCCUCCAUCUACGAAAAUGAUGACAUUAAAAAGGGCAUUCUUCUGCAGUUGUUCGGUGGCACAAAGAAAAAACAUUCUACUUUGGGCAGACAAAACUUUCGAUCUGAAAUUCAUUUACUGCUUUGUGGUGACCCAGGUACUUCGAAGUCACAACUGUUGCAAUACGUCUUCAACUUAGUACCACGUUCUCAAUACACUUCGGGACGUGGUUCUUCUGCUGUUGGCCUAACAGCAUACGUUACGAAAGAUCCAGAAACUAGGCAAUUGGUGCUGCAAACUGGUGCGCUAGUUCUAUCUGAUAAUGGUGUGUGUUGUAUUGAUGAAUUCGAUAAAAUGAAUGAUGCUACUCGUAGUGUUUUACAUGAAGUUAUGGAACAACAAACAUUAAGUAUUGCAAAGGCCGGUAUCAUUUGCCAACUCAAUGCUCGUACAUCGAUAUUGGCAGCCGCCAAUCCUGCUGAAAGUCAGUGGAACAAAAAGAAAAAUAUAAUUGAUAAUGUACAUUUGCCACACACUCUGCUGUCUCGUUUUGACUUGAUUUUCUUGGUUCUCGAUCCCCAAGAUGAAAUAUUUGAUCGUCGUUUAGCAGGACAUUUGGUGUCAUUGUACUACAUAACUCGGCAUGAGGAAGAGGAUACAAUGUUUGACAUGAGUGUUUUGCGUGAUUAUUUGGCCUAUGCCCGCGAACACAUUGCUCCCACUUUGUCUGAAGAAGCACAGCAACGUUUAAUACAAGCAUAUGUCGACAUGCGAAAAGUUGGAGCGGGGCGUGGUCAGAUAUCCGCCUAUCCUCGCCAGCUUGAGAGUUUAAUUCGUCUUUCGGAGGCACAUGCUAAAAUUCGUUUAAGUCAACAAGUUACAGUCCAAGAUGUGGAGGAAGCAUGGCGUUUGCAUCGCGAAGCCCUCAAACAAUCGGCCACGGAUCCUUUGUCGGGCAAAAUAGAUGUGGGAAUUUUAACUACUGGUCUUUCAACAGCUGCUCGUAAGAAGAGAGCCGAUUUAGUGGCAGCCAUUAAAGAAAAUCUACAAAAGAAAGGCAAAAUACCAACUGUGCCUUAUCAAAAACUUUUCAAAGAAAUUAAGGAAGCUUCACAAAUUCUCAUUACUCGUGAACAGUUUGAAGACGCACUUAAAGAGAUCCAAGACGAAGGCACCAUUGUUGUUAUGGGUAAAAAUACCAUACGUAUUUGUUAAGUUAUAAAACAUUUCCAAUUAUUUUUUUUCUUCAUGUUUACCAUUUAAAUAUACAUACAUAUGUUUCUGUUAAAAAUCAAA